AUGUCUGAUAAGAAGAACGUGCUGUUUAUUUGUCUUGGAAAUAUCUGCAGAAGUCCUAUUGCUGAGGCAGUAUUUAUUGAUAUUGUUAAAAAGAGAAAUUUGACAGACAAAUUCGACAUUGAUUCUGCAGCAAUUGGAUCAUGGCAUGUUGGAAAGAAACCAGACAAAAGAGCUCUUGAAACAAUGAGCAAGCACAACUUGGAAUACAAUAAUAAAGCUCGUCGGAUCACAACAGAAGACUUCCGGAAGUAUGAUUACAUCUUUGGAAUGGAUGAUGAGAAUAUGAGUGACUUGGAUGAGCUUAAACCAUCAGAUGGAAAGGCAAAAUUGUUGUUGCUAGGCGAAUUUGAUCCAAAAGGUGAAAGAAUUAUCCGAGAUCCUUACUAUGACAACAAUUCUGAUGGAUUUGAGAAAGCUUAUGUCCAAUCUAUUAGAUGUUGUGAUGCAUUCCUCGAUAAAGUUAUGGCUGGUGAAAUUUAAUUGUGAAUUUAUGUAAAAUAUGGAUUAAAAAGACAUUUGUGGGAGUUGGAUAUGCGUAUCAC